AAGGAGGUUUAUUUCUCAGUCAAUCCAGGCCACGGAGAUCAGCAAGUCUUAGUGGGUCAGAGGAACCUUAUCAUAGCUCCCAACAAUCUCAAACACGACUAUCCCGUCCAGGAACCAAUUUGGGUCCCCACAGAGAGACGGGCCUUCUUCCUCGACGAGUGACUAUGGAAGAACGGAAGAGGCAAGAGAUGGAACAACGUGCCGAAUUCCAACAGUAUCAGGAUGCUGAACGAACAGCAACUUAAAGAACAGUAUCAUCCUUCUCAAGCUCGACAAUCACCGUCACCGACACAUGCUUCUCCCCAUGUAACCAACCUCAGUGAACGGCCGUCGUAUGCGACUCAUAGACGUAGAGAGUCAGAUACUCUGAAGAGCAGCAAGGCCUAUUCUGGUUCACCGACAGCAGUUGAUGUACCUCCUCCGAAACAUUCUCCUUCUGCAAAUAAUCUUGCGGCUUCAGCGUCAUUAAAUGUUAAGCAUCGAAAAAGUCCCACCGCUCCGGAACCUCCCACAACCAGCGGGAAUCUACGAAAUGGUAAUGCUGGCGAUGAUCAGCGAGAGAAAGAGAAGGAACGGUAUCGGCAGCAACGACAGCAGUCAAGUAAACAAGUGACAUCGUCAGGAUCAAGUCAAGCCAUCUCGGCUUCGCUUUCGCAACAGCAGCUCGCUGCGGCGUCCAUGGGACCUGGGAACCGGCAUUUGGUGGUUAAUAGGAAACUCUACGCACGGCUAGAUAUGAUUGGCAGAGGCGGCUCUUCUCGCGUAUACCGUGUGAUGAACCAUGCCAACGAGUUGUACGCUAUCAAGCGCGUGUCGUUGGACAAGAUUGAUUCCGAUACCAUGUCAGGUUAUAUGAACGAGAUUGCACUCUUAAAGAGACUCGAAGGCAACUCUAGAAUUAUCGGCCUAAUUGACAGUGAACUCAAAGCUGGGCCCGGCGGAAGCAAAGGGCAUCUGCUUCUGGUGAUGGAGUGUGGCGAAAUCGAUUUUGCCCGGCUAUUGAGUGAAAGACAAAGUCAAGGGUUGGAUAUGGUGUGGGUCGCGUACUACUGGCAACAAAUGCUCCAAGCUGUCCAUGUCAUUCACGAGGAGAAAAUCGUGCAUUCUGAUCUGAAGCCAGCCAACUUCGUCCUUGUGAAGGGACAGCUGAAAUUGAUUGACUUUGGUAUCGCGAAUGCCAUCGCCAAUGACACGACAAACAUUCAGCGGGAUCAUCAGAUCGGGACGGUGAAUUAUAUGUCGCCCGAAGCUAUUGAAGUGCCAAAUGGUAUGAGAAGGCUGAAGGUUGGCCGCGCUAGUGACAUCUGGUCACUGGGUUGCAUUCUUUACCAAAUGGUCUAUGGUCAACCACCCUUUUACCAUUUAGCGGUGUACCAGAAAAUGAAGGCGAUUCCCGACGCGACGCAUCGGAUUGAUUUCCCUCUGUAUGUGACGCCGACUGUACCUUCGUCGAAGGCAUCUCCGGGCCACGGAUCACCGCCAAAAAAGUUGGAACACCUCAAACGGCGGAUACGGAUGGAUAUCAUUUUGUCUAUGCGGACCUGUCUAAACCGGAAUCCCAAGGAACGGAUGUCAAUCCCCCAGCUUUUAGAACAAGAUUGGUUGGCCAUGAAAGAUCCGCCACCGACCCCUACUAUUGUGGACCUUCUUGGUGACGAUGAAACGGUGAUCACCCCGUUUUAUAUGAAGCAACUACUCGAGUACGGCAUUAGGUUUGCCAAGGACCUCAAAGGUAAAGAGCCUCCUGAAGGUCUCUUGGAGGAGGAUGCCCAGGUAAACCAUCCUAGUUUGUUUAGCCCCAAUGUUUGACUAACUCCUCGGUAGCGACUGGUAAAAGAACUGCGCUGCCUAAUCGUUAACAAAGAAAGGGAACAAUAGCCCGGUUAAGCUGUUCUUGGUCUUUUUAUGGGUCAUCGUCAAAGCACGUAUAUUUUUUAUAUUUAUGCAUUUUUGUACUUUACUUCGUGCCGCUCUUUUUUAUCCUUCUUAAACAUACAUCUUUCAUCCUCAGCAUAAC